AUGGAUCCAACUGCAAUCAUUGAAUAUCUUAAGAAGAUGAUUGAUACACGGUUGGACAUUGAAAACUCUUCAGUUGGACCCCUUGUCAAUCAUAUGACCGUUCUUACUGAAGAACAUGAGAAGUUGGGGUACAAGCUUGGGUUCAAGCCAAAGCCAAGAAUUGACUAUACUUUGAAGGCUGUUGGUGGUAGUUUAACAGCUCUUCCUGGAAUUUCGGAUAUGAUUGAUGAUACUGUAAAUUCAAUUGUCACAGAUAUGCUAGAAUGGCCUCAUAGAAUUGUCGUUCCAAUUGGUGGAAUACCGGUGGAUACUAGUGAUUUGGAGCUUAAGCCACAGGGCAAGCUUAUAGUGACCAUAGUCAGGGCUAAUGGCUUAAAGAAUCAUGAAAUGAUUGGAAAAUCUGAUCCAUACGUAGUCUUAUAUAUUCGCCCACUAUUCAAGCUUAAGACGAAAACCAUCGACAACAACCUAAAUCCGGUCUGGGACCAGACAUUUGAGUUAAUUGCAGAAGAUAAAGAGACGCAAUCUCUUAUCCUCGAGGUAUUUGAUAAAGACAUAGGGCAAGACCAGCGAAUGGGUGUUACAAAGUUGCCUCUGAAUGAGCUGGAAACGGAGACCCCGAAAGAAAUUGAAUUAAGGUUACUGCCAAAACUUGACAUGCUCAAAGUCAAAGACAAAAAAGAUAGAGGAACUAUCACAGUGAAGGUGUUGUAUCAUGAGUUUAACAAAGAAGAGCAGUUAGAAGCUCUGGAGGCAGAGAAGAAGAUCCUAGAAGAAAGAAAGAGGCUAAAGGCAGAAGGGGUCAUCGGCAGCACUAUGGACGCCCUUGACGGGGCAGCAUCAAUCGUUGGUUCAGGAGUUGGAAUGGUAGGCACGGGCAUUGGUGCAGGCGCAGGAAUAGUAGGAAGUGGUCUUGGAGCUGUUGGCAGUGGACUAAGCAAAGCUGGAAAGUUUAUGGGAAGGACUUUCACAGGGCAGUCCAGCUCCAGCCAUGCAAGGAAGAGGAGUGGUUCCUCUACUCCAGUAAACUCUCUUCAAGAAAAUGGUGGUACAUAGGCUCUGCCUUAGUUUUGUGAACUAGAAACUUACUAGUGUUUGUAAACUUUAUAGGCUUUAGAUCAGAUAUCAGCAUGUGUUUUGAUGCAAGAGUGUACUUUUCGAGAAAUGGAAUUAAUGUGUUCAUAAGCGGGUGAAAGAUAUGCAAAUGUGCACGAUUUACAGGGCUACAUUUUGCGAUUCAUUUAAGACCCUCCGAUCCAUUUUAAUUGA